AUAAUUCGUUAUACCAAUUUGAAAUCAAUAUUCAUAGUUAAGACAGGACAACGUCUGUCGGGUCCACUAGUAUUUUUAUAAAGUUGUAUGUAUGGUAUACUAUACAAAAUGAACAUAAGGGUUAAGGUAAAUUUAAUUUAUUAUCUAUUGUUAUUUAUUUAUUUUAUUUUAAGAUGUAGGAGAUGUAGGUGUUCGUGUGUAUUUAGGGAACACAAUUAAACUGUCCUGACACUUCUACCACUGUUUAUUCUUCAAACUAAACUAAUAUAAUUUACAUCAAGCGUAAGCAAAAAUAAAUAUAACAGAAAAGAUAAUUAACAAAAGCGUAAGCGGAAAGAUUAGCAAAGUAAAGCAAUCGUGUGUCUGCCGUGAGCGUGCGAGACGGACUGAGGACAGCGGGCGCGCGCGUCACUGCGCCGGCGAUCAUUCGAGGCUUCCUUUGUUCUCGCAAGUAGCGGGACUUCGUGCGCGCUCACUCGGUGCGACACGACACGAGGACGAUCCGAUAAUGCUCGGGGACUCGACGAUACUGCUAUAUAAAAAUGAUAUGUUUGCUGUAUGUAUGUUAUGUUAUGUGUUAUUGUGCAUGUUUAUAUUUGUGUAAUUAGUAUGUAAAGUAUUUAUAUAUUAUAUUAUUGUAUUUAUAUAGUAGUUAGUUUAAUUAAUGUAUUAUUAUUAUAAAUGUAUUGUGGCUACGCCACAAAGACUUGUAUUAACUGAACUAAAAGAAGCAGAUUAUGUAUGAAUUAAACUGUUAUUUUUAAUGUAUUUUAAAACAUAAAAUUUAGACAUUGCUCUUAAACCAUUUAUUCAUUCGUGAUCUUCAAUAUAACAAACAAGCACAUUUUCUUCCUCGGUUGUAUCUGAAAUUUCUGAAACCUGUGGAUUGAGUAUUGACUCGGAUGCGGGUGGGCUAUUGCAUGUCAGGCUGGUAGGUAUGUUUGUAAAGUAGUAGGUCCUGCUGGAUGAUGAUUUUGAUGAACUGGUGCAUGGCUGGAUCCAGUCAUGUUCUGGUAUUGACGUCCCAAUUUUCAAGUACUUAGUUAUGUUUUUUCUCAGAUAUUUUAGAAUAUUGUUAUCUUCCCAUGUUGAUGGUACUGCUAACAAUCUACGUUUGUUGUAUUCCCAAGUCUGGACUAUUUUAUAAGACAUUCUGAAAUUAAUAAAAAAAUAUCUUGUAUUACAUGAAUAUACAGGUGUAGUGUGUGUGUGCUAGUUACAAUAAAUAAACCCGAAAGGAUAUGUUAUUUUUACAAAGUCACUCGCAUUUAUAGUUUUUAAUUUAACAAUCACUUUUCUAUCUAUAUCUAUAAUCAAUAAAUUACUGUAUUAUUAAAUUGAAUUAGAAACAAAUAUGGUAACAUUAAGUUGGUAACCAGUCAUUCCUCAUCUUCAAUGUGGUUUGAAUCCCCUUUAUUAUAUAAUAUAUACUAUAUUGCUUCUAUGUCUUCGUGUGCGUCCACACUGAAUGCGCGGUGACUUGAGCCUGAGGCGGGCGCGGCGAGCGGGGGCGUGCGGUGGCCACAGUAACGCGCGAGCUCUUGUAGCGGUUUGACGUAUAUCAGGUGUCGCAAACUAUGGACGAGGAUUUGCUUGUUUUACUAGACAGUCCAAUCCUGAUAUGGGAGGUGAAAUAAAAACAGAGGAAUAACUGGUGAAUUUUUUAACUUAUAUCAAGAACUGAGAUUAUACCCUACAAAAUUCUUUGAGUACACUCGAAUGCCCUUGUCAACAUUUGACUACAUACUAAGUAAAAUAUCACCUAAAAUCACCAAAGAAGAUACUAACUUUCGCAAAAGUAUUAGACCUGAGGAGAAAUUGUUCAUAACUCUGAGGUUUUUGUCAACAGGAACUGGAUUUAGAGCAUUAGAUUAUAGUUUUCGUAUGGGGAAAAGUACCAUUGCGUCUAUAGUGCACGAAACAUGCCGUGUUUUAUGGACUGAGUUAGUUCCUAUUCAUAUGCCGAUACCAACAGAACAACGCCUGAAAGCUAUUGCAGAAUACUUUGAAGCUACCUGGAAUUUCCCACACUGCAUCGGAGCAAUUGAUGGGAAACAUUGUGAAAUAAAAAAACCACCUAAAUCUGGAUCAGCACAUUGGUGCUAUAAAAAAAGAAAUAGCAUUGUCAUGCAAGCUGUGGCUGACGCAAAAAGGAAAUUUGUGGCAGUCGAAGUAGGCGGUCGAGGAAAGCAAAGUGAUGGUGGUACUUUUAUUGCAUCAACGCUGUAUAAGCUUAUAGGAAAAGAUAAAUAUAAAAUUCCUAUGCCAAAGAGACUUCCAAAUUCUGACGUCAUUGCACCCUACGUCCUAGUGGGUGAUGAAGCUUAUCCGUUAAAACAUUAUUUAAUGCGUCCUUAUCCCGAGCGAGUACUUAAUAAUGAAAGAAAAUGUUUUAAUAUCAGAUCGUCUACCGCUAGACAAACAAUCGAAUGCGCAUUUGGCAUUUUAACUUGUAAAUGGAGAAUACUACUUAAACCUAUCGAAACAAACAGAAAAAAUGCCUUGUCUAUAAUAAAAGCUGCGUGUAUACUGCACAAUGUAAUAAUGGAUUUAAACGGCGAUCUCGAUCUGGAUGUCCAACGUGUGUUAGCUAAUUCGCCAUUAUAUGAAAAUCAUCAAAGAAACCGCGGAGUCAAUAAUAGCUCCAGAGGUUUCAAAAAUUCAUAUCUUUUUUUGUUAUAG